CUAAAAUUUGCGGAUGUCCGCAAAUUUUUUGCGGACAUCCGCAAAUGUCAGAUUUUCUUUUUAAUUUUUUUCAGAAAAAUUUUUAUAGGGAGAGGUUUAACUAACCUAAAAAUGAGUCCUUUAACCUACUAUCUAACCUUCAGAAAAAAUUGUUCACUUAAUAUGACUUUCCCACCACCAACUUUCUUUUAUUUAAAUUCGUAUAGAUAAAAAUUGUGUUAAAAAAAAUUUUUUUUUAUUAAAAGAAUUAUUAUUUUCUUUCAAUUUAUUUUUUAAUUUUAUUUUUAAUUUAAUUUAUUAGCGCAAAACCUCGUUUUUAAUGAUUCCAUUAAAAAAAUAUUUUAAGAAAAAGAAGGAAAGCUUAAAAUGAAACAACGCCAAAAAACACCAAAAACAACAACCAAAACAUCAAAAAAUUCUCCAAUAAAAAAUAAUAAUUUAUCACCCGCAAAUGUUGCUGCUUCAGAAGAGAAUAAUUCUACAAUUAAACAAAUUACAAACUUUACAGAACAGAUAUCUGAAAAGAUGUUAAGACUUCAACCAAAGCAUCAAAAAGUAAAUGAAUCAUUAAGAGCUAUACGUUCUCAAGGAGUGCGCUUACUUGGACCUGGAUCAAAAAUUAGUCAAAAUUCGAAAGCAAAAUUGAUUGCUUUAUAUCAGACAGCUCAAAAACAAUGUGUGAGUGAACAUUCGACAAUUAUGCAAUUGUUGGAUAAUAUACAAACUGUUCGCCAACUCCGUUUAAAACAAAGAAUGGCAGACAAAUUAUCUCGUGGCUCGCUUAUGAUUUUGUUAGCGCAGCAUGCUGCUACCUUGCCUUUGUAUGUUGGAUAUAUUGAAGGACAUCCACCUCCUCUUGUCGGGGCAAUUCCUAGAUUGAAUGGAGAACCUAUUAAUGUUGGUCAUUUUGUUGCUGCUUUUAGUGAAGAUAUUUGGAUUCUUGGGGAAGUGAAGGCCCAUCUACCAACCGAUUAUGGUCUAGAAUAUUCAAUUCGAGAUAUUGAUGAUGAAGUUGAAGAGGAAGGAGGUAUGGUAGCUGGGACAAGUAGCACCACCAACAACACUACUCUAACUACAAACAACGAGAAACUUUUAACUGUUGAUUCAAAUAAAGUAAUUGCUUUACCACAUUAUCGAGCCGAUCCUCGACGUCAUGCACAUGCUUUAUUUCCAAAAGGUGCAAUAGUUUUGGCUCUAUAUCCGCAAACAACUUGCUUCUAUAAAGGAAUUGUGGAAACACCGCCAAGUGGACCAAAUGAUGAUUAUUUAAUCGCCUUUGAAGACUCAACCUUCUCUACUGGUUAUUCCCCAACACUUCCUGUACCACAAUUUUAUGUUUUAACAUUUCGAGAUGUUUCAUCCUCGACAAUUUGUGCAUAUUUUAAUAAAAAUAAGAGAAAAACAUUGUCCCCAGAAACAAAAGAAACAUCGUCAACUUCUUCAACUUGACUUUACAAAAAUAAAAAAUAUUGUUUGUAUAACUGAAUUUAUCUCUCAAUUUUAUUUUUAAAAAUUAUUAAAAAAUGAAAAAAAAAUUUUGUCUUGAUUUUUUAGAUUUUUUCCGUUUUCUCUUAUUUCCGUCCAAGCCCAAUUCCAACUAAAUGUAAACGUUUAUUCAAAACAUUUGUUUCUUCCUGUUGUUCCCUCGUCCCUCUUAAUUGUCUUUUAUUUGAUGAUCGCUUCCCUAAUCCAAUGUGUCGCCAAGCGGGGUCGAAACGUCGGACUAUUUGAGGUUCGAACAAUUGGUUAAAUAAUCUUGAAGUUAGGGGGUUGUUGUCAAAAAAGUUGGUUGUGGAAGCUGAAAAGUUUAAACUUGUUUUAGAAUUAAAUGUUUUGGAAUGUUUUUGUUUUUGGAUGCUCUCGUUUGUUUUAAUGAAAGUUUUAAUGUUUUGUUUCAAGUUUAUUUACAAGAAAUAGGUUUAUUUUAGCAUGUUUGUCUUUUGGUGUGUUUUCAAGUUUGAUGUUCAGAUCAUUGUUUCAAGUUUUUACAUGUUUUAAUUUAGGAAAAAAAGGUUUAAUGUUUUACUUCAAGUUUAUUUAUUUUCAAGUUUUAGUUUUCAAGUUUUUAGUGUUGUUUCUA